UUUUCUCUCUUUUCUUUCUUUCCCCCUUAUGGAAAUGUCACUCCUACACUCCGGCGAGUUUUUCCGGCAGUCUUCCGGCGGAUUGGACCCUGACAUGGGUAAUUCCGUUAGCCGGCGUGCUGCGUUCGAGGAGAUGGACUUCUUCUCCAAUGAUCGUAGACGGGCUGAUUCCCUUCGAUCGAAUAGUGGGCCCCACGAUAUUGAAAGAACGGAUGGAUCUGCACGGAUCGACGCUGGACUCAACAUCGGAUUGCAUCUUCGGACUGUGGACUCUGGGAGCCGUCGAUCUGUAAUUGAAGAGAGAACCAAGAAUAAGCUGAUUACACUCAAAGUUGAGUUAGAACGGAUUAACAAUGAGAAUCAGAAGCUGAGAAGCAUGUUGGAUCAGAUAACCAAAAACUACAGCAAUUUGCAGAAUCAGAUCAUUUCUGCGAUGCAGCAACGGGCGGGCAAGAUCGGGCAAGAACAGAAUGAUGAGAAAAAUGAAAUGUCGGGUCCCGCACGGUUGGCCCAUCAGUUCAUGGACCCAGGUCCAUCCGGUGCACUCGACGGGGACGAACUAACACAAUCCGACGAUGGGACUGGAGAACAGUCCAUUUCUCGACCUAACAACAGUGGAGUAGCAUCAGAUGAACAUGAUCAUGAUGUGAAUUCAAUGGCCAGUAAGCGACAUUGCGUCGACAAUGGCCCCAAUCAAGUGUCCCAAGGUUGGGGAGCCAACAAGAGCCCAAAGCUAGAACAACCAAAGACCGCCGAUCAAACACCAGAAUUCCCUUGCCGGAAGGCAAGAGUCUCCGUCCGCGCGCGAUCGGAAGCGCCUCUCAUAAGCGAUGGAUGUCAAUGGAGAAAGUAUGGGCAGAAGAUGGCGAAGGGUAACCCUUGCCCACGUGCUUACUACCGUUGCACCAUGGCCGUUGGAUGUCCCGUCCGUAAACAGGUUCAAAGAUGUGCUGAAGACAAGACCAUCCUCAUAACAACAUAUGAAGGAAAUCACAACCACCCUCUUCCGCCAGCAGCAACUGCCAUGGCCCACACCACAUCAGCAGCUGCCACAAUGCUACUCUCAGGCUCCACCACAAGCAAAGACACUCCCCUCAUCAACCCAACCUUCUUUCAGCCCCUGGCCUACCCUACCACCAUGGCCACCUUAUCUGCAUCCGCACCAUUCCCCACCAUCACCCUCGACCUAACCAAGAUCCCAAACCCCAUGCAAUUCCAUCAGUCCCCACCACCCCCAGUCUCUUCCACCUUCCCGCUGCCACUCUCCGGAGCCUCCCCUCAUCUCCUUGGCCAGCCCAUAUUCCUCCCUCCCAAACUACCCGCCAUGCCCGCAAUGCAGUUCAUCACACCACGGCCCCCGUCGCUGACAGAGGCAGUCACUGCAGCGAUCACCACCGAUCCCAAUCUCACCGCAGCCUUAGCCGCUGCAAUUACCUCGAUCAUGGGUGCGCCUCGGAACGAUAACAAUGCUAAUGGCAACAACAAUCACAGCCACGGCAGCGGCCGCAUGUCCCCACCUAGGCCACCUGCAAUGCCUGGCUCACCACAGCUUCCUCAGUCCUGCACCACGUUCUCUACUAACUAGUGCAAUAGCAUGAAGGUUGAGAUAAUACACAGUAUACCAGUGUAUAUCUCUCAAUAUGGCUUGCCUACAAAAGAAAGAGCUCAAUCCAAUUGUUGAAAUUUAAAUAGAUGGUAAUUAUUAAUUUUUGUGGAUUAUUAUAUACAUGCUGUUAAUUAGAUUUUUAUUAGCAUUAAACCUUUUGAGUGGAGACAUGCGAAGGGGUGGUGUAUAUGAGUUUUUUUUUUUUUUUUUGUUGGGAAAAGGAAAGAUAUUUUGUACAUGGAUAUAUAUAUUAUGUUUUUCUUUUCUUUUCUUUUUUUUUUCCUCUUGUUCAGUAUAAGGUGGAGAGAGAUUGUUCCAAUUUUUCCUGGAUUUUUACAGUAUCUGUUUGCCAUUGUUUAA